UAUUUAUUUUUCUUUCACCUCUCUCACCAUUGUUUUUUCCUCUUCCAGCCCUCUAACGUUAAUCCCGGCAAACCACCACGCGCCGGCGACAGCCUCUUCUCCGGCAAGCAACGUGCGACGGCGGUGGCACUGAACCAGAUCUGUGUAUCUGACGAAACCCACGGUGUGACAAACCUACUCACUGCGACGGAACCAACGCCGAACUCCCCGUUUCAUCUGCCCACCGUCUCGAUCUUUCUCUAUUCUAAAUUUCGAAUUGAAAGACAAUUGUCUACAACAUUGUCCGCAGCUCAAUAGAGAAACUCCAUGAUGUGAUUAUGGCAUUCACUGCUCCUAUCAAUACCCAAUUGGAUUCUCUUCCGGUGUGGAUGACGAGCAUUAGCUGGGGACUGUAUGCGCUAGCAUUAGUUGAUUGAAUUGGAGAUCUAUCGUUUGUUCUUAAAUGGCUUGGUUUGGUGGGAAGGUUUCUUUGGGUAACUUUCCGGAUCUUGCUGGCGCGGUAAAUAAGCUCCAAGAGAGCGUGAAGAAUAUUGAGAAGAAUUUUGACUCUGCUCUUGGGUUUGAAGAGGAGCCGGAGUCGGAGCCCAGCAGUGAUGCUCCUGGAUUCUGGCAAUCAGCUACAGAAGGGAAAACACUCUUUGAUCCAGUCAGGGCAUUAAUUGGGCAGAAUAAAACUGAUGAAAGUUUAGUAGACGAGUCAUCAAGUGAAUCACAAUCUUCACUAAUUCCCACAGAAGUUGGGGAAUCAUCAGAGAAACAGGACUCUUCACAGCUUCAAUAUGAUUUGAAUAAAAAGGAAGGCAUUGAAACUGAGCAGCCAGUUCCUUCGUCUUUAAGGGAACCAAGUGCUCGAGAAGUUGAAGUGCCCACAGAACAGGAUGAUGACAGACCAGACGACGUACAAAAGGAAAGCCAAGGAGAAGCAGAGUCUGAAUCUUCAGUCUCUCCUAUUGAAGUUCUUGGGUCUUCUGUCCAGAAUAAUGACGCGUCAGAACCCCUUGAUAAAGCCGAUCACGAUUCACCAAGAAUGUCUGUCGAAAGUCCUGAACCCACUGCAGAAAUUUCAGACUCCACUCACAACUUACAGCAGAAAGAGUUUUCAGAAAUGGAAACUUCCAAACUUCCAGAGUUAGAUACCAAGUCAGAAGCAACUGAUAUAUAUCAAGAUGAAGGAAGUAAUGAGCUGUUGGUUCAAUCUCUGAGUUCUUUUGAUGUGCAUAACAGAAGUAAUGAACAGAUAUUGCUAGCAGAUAGGAUAAAUGAACCAAUGGUUGAGGUUGAGAUUACUGAUAAAUUGAAAACAGAAGAAAAGGAGGUCUUAAAAACGAUUCCUCAUACUGUAUCCGAGUCUUCUGAUGAUAAUCAGGGUGAAGGUGGUAGUGAAACUUCUAGCAUACAUUCUGGUAGCACUGAGGUAAAAGAAGGUCCUCGUGAAGUUUCUGCAAGUGAAUUGUCCAAUGCUCCUCUUUUUGAUGAGGCUUUUCUGCGCACUUCUAAUUCAGAUUCUCAUGAAAGUGAUCUAGCAAUUAAAGCAACCGAAACGAAUCAGGAACCCCAAGGUAGUGAGAAAGAAGCUAAAGAGCGAGAUUUCAGCUCAGAGGAAAAUACACCUACUCAUUUAGAUUCUAUGCAUGAACUAGAGAAGGUGAAGGCUGAAAUGAAAAAAAAGGAAACAGCAUUGCAGGGUGCAGUAAGACAAGCUCAGGUACUUAAUGUGGCAAACCUUACCUUGAACCUUGUCGGUAAAGAUACUCUUGACCAGGCAAAGGCUGAUGAGAUAGAGAAAUUGAUGAAUGAAAAUGAGCAUUUGAAUACUGUGAUCGAGAAAUUAAAGAAAAAGUCCAGUGAUGUGGAAAUUGAGUCAUUGCGAGAGGAAUACCAUCAGAGAGUCUCAACUCUUGAAAGGAAGGUUUAUGCUCUUACUAAGGAGAGGGACACACUUAGGAGGGAGCAAAAUAAAAAAAGUGAUGCGGCUUCUCUUUUGAAGGAAAAAGAUGAAAUAAUUAAUCAAGUUAUGGCAGAAGGUGAGGAGCUCUCAAAGAAGCAGGCUGCUCAAGAAUCUCAGAUUAGGAAAUUAAGGGCCCAGAUCAGAGAGCUUGAAGAAGAGAAGAAGGGACUAAUGACCAAACUUCAGGUGGAAGAAAAUAAAGUAGAUAGCAUCAAGAGGGACAAAACUGCAACCGAGAUGUUGCUGCAAGAAACAAUAGAAAAGCACCAAACAGAACUAGCAGCACAGAAAGAGUACUAUUCAUCUGCCUUAACUGCUGCCAAGGAGGCUGAAAAUUUAGCAGAGGCACGUGCAAACAGUGAAGCCAGAUCUGAGCUAGAAAGUCGUCUUAGGGAGGCUGAGGAUCGUGAAACAAUGCUAGUUCAGACACUUGAAGAAUUAAGACAAACUUUAAGUAGAAAGGAACAGCAGGCUGUCUUUAGAGAAGAUAUGCUUCGCGGGGACAUUGAGGACCUUCAAAAGCGUUACCAAGCAAGUGAGCGACGUUGUGAGGAGUUGAUCACUCAAGUCCCAGAGUCUACAAGGCCUCUUCUAAGGCAGAUUGAAGCAAUACAGGAAACAACUGCUAGAAGGGCAGAAGCGUGGGCUUCUGUUGAAAGAUCUCUUAACUCCAGACUUCAGGAAGCAGAAGCCAAAUCUGCUGCUGCCGAAGGAAGAGAGCGAUCUAUAAAUGAACGCCUGUCCCAAACCUUAUCUAGAAUUAAUGUUCUUGAGGCGCAGGUUUCAUGUCUUAGAGCAGAACAGACCCAGUUAAGCAAAACACUCGAAAAGGAGAGACAGCGAGCAGCUGAAAUCAGACAGGAGUAUCUUGCAGCAAAAGAGGAAGCUGACACUCAAGAGGGUCGUGCCAAUCAACUUGAAGAAGAAAUCCGGGAUCUUAGAAGGAAACACAAGGAAGAGUUGCAAGAGUAUCUGAGGCAUAAGAAGCUGCUGCAGCAGGAGAUUGAAAAGGAGAAAACUGCCAGAAUGGAUUUGGAGAGGAAAGCUCAUCUCCACUCUACUGCUGCGUCUGAUAAUAGUUCCAUAAAAAGGCAUAAUUCGAUGUUUGAGAAUGGUGACUUGGCUAGGAAGCUCUCAAGUUCAAGUAGCCUCGGAAACAUGGAGGAAAGCUAUUUUCUAGCAUCUUUAGGCUCGUCUGAUAGAAAAAUCACUGGGGACAUACCAAUGGGUCCAUACUAUAUGAAGAGCAUGAAUCCUAGUUCUUUUGAGGCUGCCCUUCGUCAGAAGGAAGGGGAACUUACAUCUUAUGUCUCUCGACUGAAAUCAAUUGAAAUGAUCCGUGACUCUCUUGCUGAGGAGCUAGUGAAACUGACCUCUCAGAGUGAGAAGUUAAGGGCAGAGGCCGGUAUGUUACCAGGCAUACGAGCAGAACUUGAAGCACUGAGGAGAAGGCACUCUGCUGCGUUAGAGCUCAUGGGAGAACGUGAUGAGGAGCUGGAGGAACUUCGUGCAGAUAUUGUUGACUUGAAGGAGAUGUACAGAGAACAAGUAAACUUGCUUGUGAACAAGAUUCAGGUAAUGAGUUCAUCAAUGGGUACAGCCUGAUAAGUGACUUCAUAUAGCGCCCAACAAAGUUAAGCGAGUGGUUAAAACUCGGCCAUUAAGAUUGAGAUGGGCGGUAAGAUGGUUGGUAUUGAGAUUUUUGUGCAUGGACUGAAUACUUGAACGGAAACUACAUUUUUGAAAGUGUUACACACAAGCUCCAAUAGCGUUGUAUUUGACAGUAUACCUUCAUUCUUAGUGUACAUUAGAGAAUCGAGUGAUAGUUUCAAGACGUUAAUAAGAUUCCAUUUUGGCCUUACCAAAAGUUGCUACAUCAAUAUCCAGCUGUGUAUAGGUUUAAAUCUAUGAUCAGAGUAGAGAUUUGUAAGAACUUGGUAUCCCAUUGUUGCUUUUGAUGGAAAUGAAGAACAAUGUAUUUGAUCUUUGAAGCCGUAGACAAUCAAGGCAAACAAAAUUCAAAAUAUUCAUAACCCA